CUUGUCCCCGCCGUGUCUCCAGCUCAGGGCCGCCGACAGUGGGGGUGGCCGGGAGCGGCGCAGCCUCCGGAGGCGGAGGCGCCGGGAGGCGGAGAUGGGUGAGGGCGGCCUCCGAAGCCUCCCACCGACCCGGGACGAGCGCCCCGCGGCGCGGCCGCCGUCGCCGCUGCCGCUUCGGGGCCUCAGGCUGCCGGCGGCUCCGCUGAUGUCCCAGGACCAGGAGUUGAAUUCAUCCCUACCUGGUGCAUCUUUGGCUGAGCGUGAGGAGGACAACACCCCGAUUGGUCUUUGGCAUGGACACAGGUUCAGCAGGAGGAUUGGAAGUGACUGAUCAGACUCCUAUUCUGUUGGGGAGGACGGCCAUGGCAGCUAGUCUCACAGAUGUAGGAAAUUCAUUUAGUGGGCCACCUAAUCCUUUAGUGAAUAGAUCUAAUAAAUUUCAGAGCUCAUCAGUGGAAGAUGAUGAUGAUGUUGUGUUUAUUGAACCAGUACAACCACCUCCUCCUUGUGCACCAGUGGUGGCUGAUCAAAGAACCAUAACAUUUACAUUAUCAAAAAAUGAAGAGAUGCCAGGAAAUGAUUCCAAAAUUCUUCCUUCCUCAAAAGAAUUGGCUUCUCAGAAGGGGAGUGUAAGUGAGACGAUCGUCAUUGAUGAUGAGGAGGAUAUGGAAACAAAUCAAGGGCAAGAGAAAAAUUCCUCCAAUUUUAUUGAACGGAGACCAUCUGAGUCUAAAAACAGAACCAAUGAUGUGGAUUUCUCCCCUUCCAGUUUUUCAAGAAGUAAGGUAAAUGCAGGAAUGGGUAAUAGUGGUAUCACCACAGAACCAGACUCUGAGAUUCAGAUCGCUAACGUUACGACCUUAGAAACAGGCGUCGGCUCUGUGAGUGAUGGCCAGUUAGAACACACUGACGGGAGAGACAUGAACCUGAUGAUCACACACGUAACAUCUCUGCAGAAUGCCAGCUUGGGAGAUGUCUCUAAUGGACUGCAGUCAAGUAAUUUUGGUGUUAAUAUGCAAACAUACACCCCGUCUUUAACUUCACAGACCAAGACUGCAGUAGGACCUUUCAAUCCUGGUAGAAUGAAUGUGGCAGGAGAUGCAUUUCAGAAUGGAGAGUCUGCAGCUCAUCACAACCCUGAUUCUUGGAUCUCCCAGUCAGCAUCCUUUCCCCGUAAUCAGAAACAGCCAGGGGUGGAUUCUUUAUCACCAGUGGCCUCGCUUCCUAAACAGAUUUUCCAGCCUUCUGCCCAACAGCAACCCACUAAACCAGUUAAAGUCACUUGCGCAAACUGCAAAAAACCUCUGCAGAAGGGACAGACAGCUUAUCAGCGAAAAGGAUCAGCUCACCUCUUCUGUUCUACCACCUGCCUUUCUUCCUUCUCUCACAAGCCUGCUCCAAAGAAACUUUGUGUUAUGUGUAAAAAAGAUAUAACUACAAUGAAAGGAACCAUUGUUGCUCAAGUGGACUCGAGUGAAUCCUUCCAGGAGUUCUGUAGCACAUCUUGUCUGUCUCUCUAUGAAGACAAACAGAAUCCUACUAAAGGAGCUCUGAAUAAAUCAAGAUGUACAAUUUGUGGUAAACUAACAGAGAUUCGCCAUGAAGUUAGCUUUAAAAACAUGACUCAUAAGCUGUGCAGUGACCAUUGCUUUAACAGAUACAGGAUGGCUAAUGGCCUUAUAAUGAACUGCUGUGAGCAGUGUGGCGAGUACCUGCCCAGCAAAGGAGCUGGGAACAAUGUCCUGGUCGUUGAUGGUCAGCAAAAGAGGUUUUGCUGCCAGAGUUGUGUCAGUGAAUACAAGCAGGUAGGUAGCCAUCCAGGCUUCCUGAAGGAGGUUCGAGAUCACACACCAGACUCUUUCCUCACGCAGCCUGAGAAAUAUGGAAAACUGACCACUUGUACUGGUUGCCGAACACAGUGCAGGUUUUUUGAUAUGACUCAGUGUAUAGGUCCUAAUGGGUAUAUGGAGCCAUAUUGUUCAACUGCUUGCAUGAACAGUCACAAGACAAAAUAUGCAAAAUCACAAAGUUUGGGAAUUAUUUGCCAUUUUUGUAAGCGGAACUCUUUACCUCAGUAUCAAGCCACAAUGCCUGAUGGAAAGUUGUAUAACUUUUGUAAUUCCAGUUGUGUGGCUAAAUUCCAGGCUCUCAGCAUGCAGUCGUCUCCCAAUGGCCAGUUUGUAGCACCAAGUGAUAUUCAAUUGAAGUGCAACUAUUGCAAAAACUCUUUCUGUUCAAAGCCAGAAAUCUUGGAAUGGGAGAACAAAGUUCAUCAAUUCUGCAGCAAAACUUGUUCAGAUGACUAUAAGAAGCUGCAUUGCAUAGUUACAUAUUGCGAAUACUGUCAAGAGGAGAAGACUCUUCAUGAAACAGUAAAUUUCUCUGGCGUUAAGAGACCUUUCUGUAGUGAAGGCUGCAAACUGUUGUACAAACAGGACUUCGCAAGGCGUUUAGGACUGAGGUGCGUGACUUGCAAUUACUGCUCUCAGCUGUGUAAGAAGGGGGCGACAAGGGAGCUGGACGGCGUGGUACGGGACUUCUGCAGCGAGGAGUGCUGCCGCCGCUUCCAGGACUGGUACUAUAAGGCUGCCAGGUGUGACUGCUGUAAGUCUCAAGGAGCCCUUCGGGAGAGGGUGCAGUGGCGUGGCGAGAUGAAGCACUUCUGUGACCAGCACUGCCUGUUACGCUUCUACUGCCAGCAGAGUGAGCCCAACAUGACGACCCAGAGGGGACCUGAGAACUUACACUACGAUCAGGGUUGUCAGACGUCCCGAACCAAAAUGACAGGCUCAGCACCACCCCCUUCUCCAACCCCCAACAAGGAGAUGAAGAACAAGGCAGUUCUGUGCAAACCUUUGACUAUGACCAAGGCGACCUACUGCAAACCCCACAUGCAGAGCAAGUCCUGUCAGACAGAUGGCGACUGGAGGACGGAGUACGUGCCUGUGCCCAUCCCUGUGCCCGUGUACGUCCCAGUGCCUAUGCACAUGUACAGCCAGAGCAUCCCCGUGCCCACCACCGUGCCUGUGCCCGUGCCAGUCCCUGUGUUUCUCCCUGCCCCCAUGAACAGUGGUGAGAAGACUGCUGUGGCCGAAGAGCUGAAAAGUACAGGUUCUUCAGACGCCCUGGGCACAGAGCUGCUGACCAUGACAGACAUGACUGAGGACGAGGGGAAGGCGGAAGGCGCCGACCUCCACAGUGUCAUUAUUGAAACGGACAUGAUUGGUUCUGACCUCUUGAAGAGUGCUGAGCCAGAGACCCAGUCCAGCAUGCCCGAUGUGCCAUAUGAGCCAGACUUGGAUAUUGAAAUAGACUUUCCCAGAGCUGCUGAGGAGCUUGAUAUGGAAAAUGAGUUUUUAUUACCACCUGUUUUUGGAGAAGAAUAUGAGGAACAGCCUAGACCUCGAUCUAAAAAAAAGGGCACCAAGAGGAAGGCGGUGUCAGGGUACCAGUGUCACGACGACAGCUCUGACAAUUCUGAGUGCAGCUUCCCUUUCAAGUACGCGUAUGGGGUCAAUGCCUGGAGACACUGGGUCCGGACGAGGCGGCUCGAGGAAGACCUUCUGGUGUUAGAUGGGCUGACACCUCCUAAGUCAGUGAAGUUGAAAGAGGAUCUGCUCUCUCACACCACGGCUGAGCUGGACUACGGCCUGGCCCACUUUGUCAAUGAGAUCCGAAGGCCCAAUGGGGAAAACUAUGCACCCGAUAGCAUCUACUAUCUCUGCCUUGGAAUUCAGGAGUACUUGUGUGGUAGUAAUCGAAAAGACAACAUAUUUAUUGAUCCAGGAUACCAGACAUUUGAGCAAGAAUUGAAUAAGAUACUCCGAAGCUGGCAACCAAGCAUACUUCCAGACGGGUCAAUAUUUUCUCGAGUUGAAGAAGAUUAUCUCUGGAGGAUAAAACAGCUAGGAUCACACUCUCCAGUAGCUCUUCUGAACACCCUCUUCUACUUUAACACUAAGUAUUUUGGCCUGAAAACAGUGGAACAGCACUUACGGCUUUCCUUUGGCACUGUGUUUAGGCACUGGAAAAAAAACCCUUUAACCAUGGAAAAUAAAGCCUGUCUUCGGUACCAAGUGUCUUCCUUGUGCGGAACAGAUAGUGAAGAUAAAAUUACUACUGGAAAAAGAAAACAUGAAGAUGAUGAGCCAGUAUUUGAACAAAUUGAAAAUACAGCCAAUCCUUCUAGAUGUCCUGUGAAAAUGUUUGAAUGCUACUUGUCUAAGAGUCCACAGAAUCUUAAUCAGAGAAUGGAUGUUUUUUAUUUGCAACCAGAAUGCUCUAGCUCUGCAGACAGCCCUGUCUGGUACACGUCCGCCUCACUGGACCGAAACACCUUGGAAAACAUGCUCGUACGGGUUCUUUUAGUAAAAGAUAUUUAUGAUAAAGACAAUUACGAACUGGAUGAAGACACAGACUAAAAAAAGGAAGGAUUCAGAAGCAGUCGGGAUAACAGCGUUAGGCAGUCAUGCUGCUAGAUCUUCAUUAUGGAAACAUUUCAGGUUUACUCCUCCUGUUCUGGGUUUUGUAGCAGUGCACCCACACCGGGUACUACCGUGUAAAUAAUCUGUGAGUGAAGUUGCCAUUAUUCUAUGUAGUGGUUUUAGGAUACUUACAAAUACAUUCAAAUUCUUUUUUUUUUAUUAUUAUUUAUUUGAUUAGGUAUGUUUGUAACUUUUUACAUUACAAAAUAUGAAUGAGAAUGUGCCAUGUAUAAUUUUUUCUUGUAGUAAGAAACAUCCAUAUUGCACCACUCUGCUGUUGCAAAGCUUCCUGGAAAGGGGGCUCUUCUGCUGGGUUUCUGACCGGAUGGUUGUGUGUGGGGAGCACCUACUAAAAGUUUAGAACUUGCAGUGUCUUUCAGAAUUUUUAAAAUAAACUGUAAACUAAUGGGCUGGGGUUUUUGUUUUGUUUUUCUGGGGGUUUUGUUUGUUUGAUUUAUGCUUUAGUUCCUAAAGCCUUACAAGCUUGUGUAGAGAGAUACCAUCUUUUGUACCAAAACAGAUGAGGGAAUGCUGUUGAUCCUGGUGUGGAUGCUGUUGAACUGUUUCGUGAGUCCAUACUGCAGGCCGACCUCUCUAUUCCCCGUAUUUAAAACCUUGGUGUCCUUUCCUCACUGGUGGCUUUCUAUAGCAUCCCAAACAAUAAUAGUUUUAUAUAUAUACACACAUAUAUACAUAUAUACACUUGUAUAUAUACAUGUGUGGGUGUAUGUGUGUACAUUUGUGUACACACACACACACACAUAUAAAAAAUGAUGUUAAUACGUCAUAGAGACAUUUUCUUUGUAAAAACAUCUGAUGAAAAUAUAAAAUUCUGUUUUUUAUGUCAACCCUAAGUACCCCUUCACUAUAUAGCCAUUGGUUUUCCUCUGCCCUUGAGGACAAGAUCACAUUUGGGUCCCUAGAUAGGACUCCGUAGCUUUAAAACUUUAUGAAGAUUCUUAUACCUGCUUUCAUGCUAGGUAAAAUUAUGUUCAGAAACGCCACUCCUGAGACCGUCAUUAGGGAAGAGAGUGAGUUGAAAUAAGAUAGGAGCCAUUUCACUCUGAGGAUUAGCAGUACAAUGACUGCCAAUUCAGGUGAUUGGAGGGCAGAGAAGGAGACUGAUGGAUUAAGUGUAUCUCGAAGGAAAUCACGUUCCAUGUUAGAUUGUUUGGCUUUUACGUUUUAAUUACUUCUUAUAGAAGAUUGCAUCAAAAAACUUUAUACUGCCGCAUGUUGAUUUAUCCAGACCUUUUUUUUUUAGAACAAGGAAGUUUACAUAAAAUCCUACUGUCUAGACUGAGAAAGUGCCAACUGUGAUUAUCUUGAAGGAAUCCUUUGGCUGACUUCAUAGAGCUUGAGUGUGAUCAUAUGGUCUUGUUUCCAGUUCUUGAGUCACUUCAGUGAUGUUCAUUAUUAAAACUGUUUGGGGGAAAUUGGGCUACUUUUCACAGUGGUUAAGCAGUGUCUACACAUCCCUUAAACAUUUCUCUCUUCCUUGGGAUAAAUGUUAGCAUUCAGAAAAAAGUCUCCUCAGUCAUGAUUUGGGAAAUUUCAUGAGUGUAUUCAGCUGUAUAUUUAAGCAAUAAUUAACAAAUAUUUUUGGCAUAGAAAUUACUCUAUAAGGUUCUAACUUGUUUUAUAAGUUUGAAUAACAUUUCUGUCCCUUAACUGGUUUUAUAUUGUGGAUUUGAUAGAUUGACAGCAAAUCUGAUAUUACUUAAAUAGAUACAGAUUGCUCAUUGUUUAAUGAAGUAGGUAACAUUUACAAUAAUACAAAAAUGUUCUCAUCCUCGCCUUUUUAAGAACUAUGGCUUUAAGCACUUUUCCUAUAAACACAUGUUGAUUAAAGGUGAUUAAUCCUAACCAUCUUUUAUUCUUUGAGCUGGUGCUGUAUAUUCCACCCAGAGCAAUAACGUUUUCCCUAAAUGUCACCUCGUGUGUUUUACCAAACGCCAUACAUCCUGCUGUGGCCCCACUAUUCAUAGCACCUUGUCUUGCUACUUUCUUUCUCUUUAUUAUGAAAAAGGCUUCCCCCUUUUCUCAACAGAAAUGUCCGCAUAGUUCUGAUGUUGAUAUGAUUGAGGAUUUAGAACUUUGUCUUGACUGCAGUCCAAGGACUGGUUAACUUGACUCUCAGAAGCAAAAGAAGAAAAUAAUCCUAUUUUGUGAGGACUGUUUGUUCUGUGAAACCACUUCAUCUGGAGCACAUUUUGUUGCUUCCUGGACCUCCUUGGUUUGUGGUCCUACAUGACCAUGAGAAAGGGGCAAUGAAAUGAUAGUUCAUUUUGCUCCUCAGUGGUUCUGAUGACAGUGUCCUAUAACUAUAACGUUGCCUUCAGAUUGCUGUUGAAGAUUCUGUUUUUCUGUUCUGAAGAAGAUUUUGCCAUUUAAAAUGAAUUAAUGAAAAAUUUUACUCAUAUUGAGAAAAGUGAAUUUCCCAUGCAAAAUUGAAUCUUCAUUAACGCUUUUCUUUUUAUUUAGACUUCUAACUGUAUUGGGUAAUGUAAGACAUUAAAGGACUUUUCUAGGCAAGAAACUCAGCUCUUCUUUUGGCCAUAACAGUACAUUAUUUUAAAUAGUACCUAAUGUUUCUCUGCUGUGUGGAGUUGUUACAGCAGAUUACACACACUGAGACAGGGAGAGGAGGCUGUGAAUUGCGUUGUGCAUCACACGUCUUGUUACUGCCUCCUGAUGGGGUCUCGUUCUAUCCUGGGCGACUGUGGCUUGGGUUAGGGUGGUUGUAUGUGCACCAUGUUAAGGGUCACAGUGAUGGAGUAGUGAUAACAUUGUACAGUUUGGGUUUGUAUUACUCUUAAUACCGGUCCAUUUAACCUGAGAUCUUAAAUGUCUUGCAGUCUUAAAUCACUAUAAAAAUUUACACUUUUUAUUUUUCCAGUUAUUUCCAGAAUGUACUAUUACACACAUAUCACUUGCGUUCCCAAGUGGACACUGCCUGCAUGGUCAUCUUAUUUCCCUCAAACAAUAUGGUCGUGAAAAUGUGUGUGAAAAUGGUUUUUUAGAGAGUAAAUUUCUUUAAUUAAAUUAUAAUGCAGUUGGAUUUCCCCCCUCAAUAAGCCCCAUACUCAUUUUUAGAGCAGUUCUUUGGAUUCAAUCCUCAUUCUGCUGUGUUCUUAGAAAUAGACGGUUGUUAAUGGUUUUUUUCCCCAAUAUUAAGUACUUCUUUUUUUUUUUUUUUGCCAUUCCUGAGUAUAGCAUGCUUGAAAAUGAUACCACUAACAAAAUCUUACAAAUUAGAAUUUGAUGUCCAGAACAGGUUAAUUGUGUCAGUCUGAGUAGAAACACUUAAAAUGGUGUCUCAGUUUGUACUUUACCCCCACGUCAUUACUUAGAAGCUAGAUCUUAGAGGGGUACUGCAAGUAAAUUGCUGUUACUGUCUGAAAAUGAUACUGGACAAGAGAAAGUUCUUAAUAUCUGGACACAUAAUGUCCUAAUUCAUUACUGAGUUAAACAGUCCAUGAAUUUAGGCCUUUUGAGGAAAAAAGAACUAAAGAGAAACCAAGAUUUAAUCUGUGAAUAAAGUGUAUAUUAGGAAUAGAACCAGAGGGACCCACAGACCCUGUGGGUAUAUCAUUGGAGGUCCCUGUUUUUGUUGAAUGAAGCAGAUGUAGAUCCUGCCGGGUUCCAGGGGAAGAGCAGUUGGCUCCAGGAAUAAAUAAAGGAGAGGGUCCUUUAUUCUGUCUGGGUCUCAGUUUAUUUGUAAGAUGAAGGCUUUGCCUUGGAUUUCUGACUGUGGAAUUUCAAAUUAAGUGUGGUUAAUAUUAUACUUAAGAGACUUUGUAUUAAAUUUUUGCAUAUUUA